AUGUCAGAAAUAACCACCCGCAUAACUGACCUGCCCCUCGAUAUCCUUGUGCUCGUCUUCCCUUAUCUCGACGCGAAGAGCUUUCUGGCCCUCUGCAACACCUGCAGAGCUUUUCAACAGCCCUCGAUCCGCCUCGAUCCCGCAUACUGGAGUCAUGCCACCCGUAGCGCCUUCCGAGUGCCCAACCAGCCAGUUGUCCAACAUGACGGCGUUCGCUGGCAGAAGAUGUACAAGCGCCUCCUCACGCAGAGUCGCGUCUUCACCUGGGGCAGUAACACGUACAAUCGAUUAGGCCACCGUCGGGAAGAACAACCCCGUCAUAAUCCUACCAUGCCGCGAAUGCCACGCUUUCGACCAGCGAGGUUUGGAGGCGGGACUAGCUGUGCGGUUCCAACCGAAAUGGACAAUACGCAGGAGUUGGGUGUCAUUGCCGAUAUGCAAUGCGGUGGAUGGUCCACCACGUUGCUUACAUCGAAGGGCUCCCUACACUCGGUCGGUGUCCUUGAUGGACAGAAGAUCCUCGUCGGCAACGAACGCAUAACAACUCUCAAAUUCCCGGAGGGUUACCCUACGUCCUCCAUCGAAGCCCAAUACAAAGAGCCAACCAUCGCCAUUCGACAAUUCUCCGCGGGUCGGUCGCACAUACUGGCACUAUCUGACAGCGGGAGAAUAUGGUCUUGGUAUCAUGCCAAGGAGCCUGCAUUGCAAGUCAAGUUUGCCAACGUCGAACUCAAAGAGACACCCUUGGCAGAUUCAGGGUCGCAUUCUUCCACCUAUGGCCGUGUUAAGCAAGUGGUGGCUGGAUGGAGUCGCAGCUCAGCUUACAUAUACGGUAUAGGCAUUGUGGUGUGGGAUCCGGUCGAGCGACGCCAAAACGACCAAGGUACAGAUACGAUUCUACUUAUGGAGAACGCCGAAGUGCCACGGACUGGAUACCAGCGGCCAAGGGGAGCACAGCGGGAAUCUGACGACGCAAAGGCACUCGGUGAAGAAGUCGGAGCUGUGCUGAACUACGUCAUUCUCGAACACUUUGUCGUCUUCGUCACCGAUAUUGGCAAAGUAUUUUGUGGAAGGUUUGGCGAAAAGCACAUGGUCGAUGAUAUCGUUGAACUUCGGGCCUUUCGGAGUGAAAAUCAGACCCCAUCAGACGUCCAAGGCUCCUUCCGUCGCUUUGCGAUAUUCAAAGACGGGGAAGUCAUUACUAGCGACCAAGACUAUUUGGAAGCAUGCUGGAAUGCCCAACGUGCCAAUCCUGAACAGACUGACAUCCAAGGCCUCAGAAAGAUCCCAGCUCUACAGCAUAAUGGUGUCAUUUCUGUUGCGUUUGGUGACUAUCACUACCUGGCCCUACAUUCGAGCGGCAGAAUUACAUCCUACGGCUCCGAGAUGCAGGUGUGCGGUGCUCUAGGCCUUGGAAGUCUCACAAGUGGGGAACUUCGAGGUGUCACUAUAGACAGGUUGGACCAAACUGGUCGUCUUACCGCACACGCAUAUACGCACGGCCGCCAGGUUUGGUUUGAUGACAAAAAGAGAAAAUGGUUUGCGAUUGACCAUGUUGUCGACCAAGAUGAAUCAAAAGAGCGGUGGGACCUCUUCAAAACCGACCCUAACGUACAGGGUGAGGUGAGUGAAUGGUUUGAACAAGAAGGUAGGUUGUGGGACAAGGACGGUGGAGACGAUGGGCUAGGCGCAUAUUUUGCACUAGGAGUUAGUGCUGCAGGAUGGCACUCCGGUGCUCUUGUUCUGGUCAACGAAGACCUGGCAGAGAAGCAAUUUGCCGCUCAUCUAAAGUCGACACAGAGCGAGGGCAUGAUAUUUCCAAGACUGAAACUCAGCGAUGGAAGAGAGAUGCCAGGUUCCAAAGACUUCGACGAAUGGAGGGAGGGCAGGCCUGACUGGCAGCUUGACGCAGAACGGUAG